AUGGCAGUGUUCUCCGAGGAAGGAGCUUUCAGAGGUAAAUUGGCCGUAGUGAGUCCGUUAAUGGUGAAACCAAAACCUCCGUGUUUACCGUCGUUCCUCGGGUCACCAGUUGCUGAUAAUUACAAAGACAUCAAAUGGCUAUGGCCAGCGAAUUGCAAUAUCGAGGACUUGCACAAAGGCGAAUUCCUCUGGCACGAGAGUCGGUCAUGUGUGGCAACACUGAACAGUGCCAGGCCCUUGGAGGAAGACGAUUUUCUAAGGACACUGAGAAUCCUUAUGAAGAAAUGCCCCCACUUGAGAACUUGUCUUCGAACUCGUGGUGACAAAUUGUGGUUUUGUCAGCCUCCGAACCUGAAGAUGAACUUUGAAGUCCUGAGGAGAGACACCAUGCCAAGGGAAGCACUUCUCAGUGCCCUUGAAAAUAUGUUACAAUUUCCUGACACUGCUCAGUGGUCGAUGCGCCUCGCCCCUCAGAGUGAAAGGGUAGAGUGUCUUAACCCUGAGGUAAAGGAGAGUCAUCCACACCAGUACCUACUUGUGUUCUCUGGACAUCAUGGUAUGAUGGAUGGAAUAGGAGCCAUGUUCAUUCUGAAUAGUCUUUUGGAUAUCCUAAACAACCACCUCGAAGGGAGACCCACUAACGACGACGAAUACGCCCCUUUCUCUGAGGAGCGGGAACUUCCUGCUCUCCUUUGUGAAAUCAGAGAGAAACUCUGCCAAGAUCCCACUCUCAUGGAAGCCGUGAAGAACAACGUGCCAUCUCCCACCCGCUUUCCUCUCUUCUUCCAAGCUUUCCCUCCUCCGUCAGAAGUCAUGGAAGUCACCACCAAAUGUGUUUCUGGUGUGGUGGAGUCUGAAGACUCCAACGUACUGAUGACGAAGGUCAAGCGAGAAGGAGUCACACUGAACAGUGCUCUUGUUGCAGUGAUUAAUGUAGCUCUUAUGGAACUGGUCAGUGAAAGGGGACUUUUACCCGACAGUUAUGAAGUUGCGUCUAUAAUAACAACAACAUUGAGACGGUAUAAGAAACCCUCACCUACCUUCAUCUUUGGCCCAUGCACCGGGCACAUGUCAUACUUAUCAACAGUGGACAAAGGCGUCAGAAGCAGGUUUUGGAAGUACUGUAAAUCUGUGAAUGAAGAGUUACGCAACCGCUUCCAGCAAGGGGCGCCUCUGCGGGAGAGAGCUUUGCAAAGUUUGCUGAGCUAUGGUCAAGAACCACAUGACUAUACAAUUAGAGUGAUGCCGCCCCUACAUGACUACACCAUCAAUAACCUAGGUGAUUUUUCGUCGGUCUUUUCAGCUCAAGAGAAGAACGUCGUCAAAUUAACGAGUUUGACAUCGAAUAACAUGAUUCAUAACACCUUCCAUACCACCUUUCAUGAAAUUUUGAGUUUUGGCGGUUGUCAUUAUUACACACUCAGCUAUGGAACAAAUUAUGUCAGCGAUGAUACAGCCAAACUGUUUCUUGGAAGAAUAUUUUCCGUCUUGAGAGAAGUCAUCCGCUUGCCUUAGUGACAUGAGAUGCUUUGUGCUUUCCGAAAUGAAGUACUUUUACUUUACCUUAGGGAGGGCGUAUUGUCUCAGGACACCUGCUGAAAUAUUCUCAAGACUAUAUUGUCUGAAUAUUCGUGAUGCAUUUCAUAGCAUAAGUGACUACAUUUCGUGAUGAAAUAAUUUUGUUUGUACCUCAUCUCUCUCUACACCAUUUGUGUAAAAUAUCAUCUUACAUUCUGGAUCUGUAGUGGAAUGAUAUAAAUAACUUAGUGAUUAGUGAAAUGUAAAUGAAGGCGAUGAUAACCUAAAGGGAAUGAAAACUUAAAAACCAUAUAUAUACACACAUACAAACACACACACAC